GAAAGUGUCAGACCACGACGAAAAGCGCAACGACAAUGUCGUCCAAAUACACAUGUCAGCGUUGCCUGACGCAACUCCGGUCGGCGAGGCUGCAGCGACCAGUUCCCAGGAUAAAAUUUGAUGCCACGAGCCGCCGAUGGCACUCAAUCGCUCCUCGAACGACCAAACGGCAGUCGUCUACGGCUCAGGCCUUCAAGAACACGUCGAGCUCCACCGAUGCCAAUGGCGGCGUCAAGUCCAGCCUUGUUCUCACGCAGAACAACCUCUUUCACCCCUUCUCGAAGUCGCCAAUACCCGAAAUGCGCAGCCGAGCGGAUUAUAUAAAGUCCCAUGCUUGGUGUCCACACCCGUCGCAUCAACGUACGAGACUCGUACUUGACCCCAACGAUCCGGAGGCGAGAAAGCCAGCGUCCAAAGAGGCCGGUACGGCGCCGGCGCAUGUGAACUUCGAGUGCCCAGACUGCGGCAUCCCGGUGUACUGCUGCGAGGAGCACUGGGCUGAUGACUACGAGGCUCAUUUGGAGAUAUGCGACACGCUGAGGCAGAUCAACGAGGACGACCACGAUCUCAGGUCAGGCCGGGUGUUUAGCGAGUUCAGGAUGGCGGACGAGCAGAUGGAAGAGAUUCUGGUGAACAUGACAAACUGGGACACGCUGCUCUACACGCGCGAGUACGAAGCUAUAAACGACGACAGGCAGCUGAGGCAGGCGACGAGGCUACUUACGUAUCCUAUCACCAUCGGCAGCAUCCUGCACGAGUUGUCGCCAUACAACAUCCGCUCUGGCGGACGAUUGACUCCGGAGGGCCUGAGAUCCCUCUCGGCGCUUCGUUACACCCUCCAUCCGCCUCGUACAGGCGAGGGCUCCACAAUGAAGACCAUCCGGCUCAAGCCUCCCCCGGUUCGUGUCUUCAUUGUCGGAGCCCGGGCCGAGUCUUCCCUUCCACGUGAAGUUUGGACUCAGCUCGCGUACCUCUUCCCUCGCGUCGCCUUCCACUUGAUCUUCAUCGGCCCCGAAAGCAUGCUCAACCGCGACGCCGAAUUCCCACUCCCGGAGCGCACGCCGCAGAAUCCAUUCGGCGCGGUUGUGGAGGACAGGAUCAGCCACUACAUGAAGAUCAGCACCUACGUCGAUUACUUCCACACCUUGCACGAGGCGCAGCACUUUGCGCCGUACGAUCCCUACUUCGACGUCUUCAUGCUUUUCCACCCCGGCCUUGGGCAUCCCAUCUCUUCGUCUGAAUGGGCGGCCACCAUCCCCAUGCUUCUGGAGACGAAGUGCGCCAUCUUCGCAACGGGCUACACCGAGUUCGACAUGCAGAGAGACUUCGAGUUCGUGCAGAAGACGGCAGGUGGCGAGGUCGACCUGCUGAUGGAGCCGGGAGAGAAUCGAUUCAGGAGUCUGCGGUGGGAUCUGAACGACAUGGAGCCUCAGGAUAUCAGCGCGGGCAACUGGGGCGUGUGGGGUUUCAGAGGCAAGAGGUAUGAGGCCGAGAAGACGGAGUAAUUGCAGGACUUUGUCUCUCCCCGCUCCGUGUAAUUGUAGACUGUACUUCUAAUCCAUGCGGUUUUCCCACUACCAACGCCGUUGCUUCUGUCUCCCUCCACGUCCGACUCCAGCUUUGCCUUUAUAUGUUCAAAACUCUCCUUUUGAAGUCUCGAUCGUGGGAGAGGUGGCUGCC